AUGGCACGACGGCGCAGCGAUGCACACAAUCCAGGAAUUCGUUCGGGUGCGGACGGUGCAGUUGCAGUGGAAGACGAGCAGCGCAGCAGCAGCAGCAGCAGCCAGAAGGGCGAUCUGUCUUGCGGCAGUCGCUCCAGUGAGUCAGUGGUGGUGACGGAUGGGCAUCGCGUGGGCUGGAUGCGCCGAACACGACUGCUGAAGGGAGCUCCUCCACCGCUCUUCACGCUGAAGCGCGAGGACACUGGACAAGCGUCGCACUCGCAUGGAAUCGAGAAACAGAGACAAAGGCAAAGGCGGCGACACGCCUCUCCUCUCCAGUCCCACCCACCGGUCCACCUUUGGUCCUUUGGCGCACAUGUGCACGACGCUGCAGCCGGAUCCACCUGCCCUCCGGCGCUCUCUCUCCUCUCACGGCUCGCCCCUGUCCUUCAGGCUGCCACGACGCUAACGCCCGCAACGGCUAGCGUGUCUCGAGGUCUGUUCCCCGUCGCCUCCUGUCGGUCAGGCCUGCUCGACGUAUAUCCCAUUGGCCCCUCGCCCCUGUCUGGCCGACGUCCCUCGUUCGACUUGCCGCAAUGCGAUAUAAACCCUGUCACGUUUCUUCCAUGCGUUGUCGUCCCACCGUCGUCUGCUGAGCAGCCUGCCAUUUCUGAGUCCUGA